AUGCUCACACCAGAGGAGAAGACUGCAUUAAGAUGUCCUCCUGAUCAUACACACCAAUGGACCGUAGCACUGCGUAGUGCAGCCAGUCAGCCAACAAAUGGUCAAGAGGAAGGAGGAGUAGUCGGUGGGAAGGACGACUUGAGUCAUUUUAUCAAAAGAGUUACUUUCAAAUUGCAUGAAAGCUUUGCCAAUCCAAGUAGAGAAACAGGGUGGGGUGAAUUUGAAAUACAAAUACGUGUCGCUUUCAGUACAGAAUCAGGUGAAAAGCCGAUUACGCUUUUCCAUGUUUUGAAGUUACAUGCUUGGCCAAUAGUCAAAGCUCAUACUGGUAAGGAUUCGUUGUUAUCAGAAGUAUGGGCCCAAAUCUCAUCUAAUUUAUCGAUUUCCCCAGAAGACCCUCACCUUCCUCUCCCACCUCCCAUUCAAUGCUGGCAAUAUGACGAGAUUGUCUUCAACGAUCCAUACGAAAAUUUCUUAAACAUACUGACAAAUCAUCCCCCAACGCCCUUGCCGCCUCCUUCACUUGGUGUUGGAACGGCAAGACCUAUUCCAUGGCACAUUGCGUGGCCGGAUAGUGUCAACAAAGGGAACAAUGUGGCAGGAGAAGGAACGGGACAUAAUCACGCCGUCCCAGGUUUUCACUCACAGCUGGCUAAGGAAGAAGGUGAAAGACUGAAGCAAGCUGUCGCAGAUAUCAAGCAAAUGAUUGAACAAACCAGAAAUACCCUAGAAGAGAAGGAAAAGGAACUCGCAAAUUUGCGGAACAGAACAGCAUGA